GAAGCAGCAGCAGCAGCGGCUGAAGUAUGGCAGUGGCGCCGAGCGCAGUGCAUGAGGAGCGGGCGGCCGGGUCAGCGCACCCCGGGGCCGCAGCCUUCGACCCGCACAGCCCCCCAGCCAUAGAGGGCUUCACCCCGCUGCCCCGGGCCAGAGAGGAAAGCUUUCAGGACAAAUUCAUCCGCAAGACCAAAGAAAACCCCUUCGUCCCCAUCGGUUGCUUGGGGACGGCGGGGGCGCUGAUGUACGGUCUCCGAGCCUUCAAACAGGGCAAAACCCGCCAGUCCCAGAUGCUCAUGCGGACACGUAUCUUCGCCCAAGGAUUUACAGUUGUCGCCAUUAUAGUGGGCGUGGCGGCGGCAGCACUCAAACCCAAACAAUGAGAGAUGCGGGGCAAAGGGCGAAAAGAACCACACCCAUAUACUCCCUCUGAAAAGAGCCUUACCUGAGUAACAGCUGCGGACUGGUUACAAAUUCACCUUUAUUUUAUUUUUUGAUUUGGGUGUCUUUAGUUGAAGCAUUUAUCUCGGGCAGUUAGAGAUGUGUUAUGUUAUAAUAAUAUCAAAUGUUAGUUUUUUUAUGUAUUGUUGUGUCUCAGAUAUAUUUCUACAUCUGAGACAGUGCUGUUAUGUAUCAUAUGCAAUGUCUGAGAAUACUUUAAUAUUAAAGAGGUUUAAGGCUGGA